CCAACCUCAACACCAACCAUCAGGCUAUACUACCUCAUUCCUCUCGUGCUUCUACUAGCUACCUGCAGGCUGUAGAUAUUUGUCAUCGAUCAUCACCAACUUUUCAGUUCAAGCUAGGUAGCUAGCCAUGGCUAGGGUGCUGGAGCCUCUCGUCAUUGGAAAGGUCAUCGGGGAGGUCAUCGACAACUUCAACCCAACAGUGAAGAUGACGGUGACCUACAGCUCCAACAAGCAGGUGUUCAACGGCCACGAGUUCUUCCCGUCGGCGGUCGUGUCCAAGCCACGCAUUGAAGUCCAGGGUGGGGACAUGAGAUCCUUCUUCACUCUGGUCAUGACGGACCCAGAUGUGCCAGGGCCUAGUGAUCCAUACCUUAGGGAGCAUCUCCACUGGAUCGUCAGUGAUAUUCCUGGCACCACAGAUGCUUCUUUUGGAAGGGAGGUGGUGAGCUACGAGAGCCCCAAGCCCAACAUUGGCAUUCACAGGUUCACCUUCGUGCUGUUCCAACAGAAGAAGCGGCAGGCCAUGAACCCUCCCUCCACCAGGGACUACUUCAACACACGCCGCUUCGCUGACGAGAACGACCUUGGCCUCCCGGUCGCUGCCGUCUACUUCAACGCGCAGCGGGAGACAGCGGCACGCCGCCGCUGACGGAAACAAUCAGCCCACCCCUUCUUCUCUUGCAUGCAUGGCGCAUGCAACAAGCCUAUGGAUCAACCUAUAGCUACUAUUAGCUACCAUCUACGUAUAUCUCCACUCAAAUAAGAGUUUGCUUGUGAGCGUCUUGUGUGUGUUGUUUCCAGUAGUCUUUCUACUGUUCAGUUUUUUCUUCGGUCAAUUUAGUUACUAGUUGAUCUGUGAACCA